UCGCAUUAGAGAGAGUCAGACUCAGAGACUCCUUUUCAUUCUUGUUAAUCAAAUCAUUAUUGAAACCGCCCAAAAUUGAAACCCUUCUUCACUCAGUCACUCAAAAUUCCCAUAAAGCGAACCCCACGCACAUAUUGAACAAAAAUGGAGCAGAGGCAGAGAAUUGAGAGACCUGAGAGAGCAAAAAGGAGAGAUCAGAAACAGAGGAAACGCCUCUCAACUGCUCGACGAAAUGCCUUCACUACUAACACUGACAUUAUUAGCGACCUACCAGACUCUCUCCUCUCCCACAUCCUCUCCUUUCUCCCAACCCGAAACUCUGUCGCCACAAGCAUUUUGUCGAGCAGGUGGAGGCCUCUCUGGACUCUCGUCCCUGCUCUUCACUUGGUCCAGAGAAAACUUACACACAAUCCAGAUUACAGUUUUGCAGAUAUAGUUUCUGGAAUCUUGACUGUUCGAGACUCCAUUUCCGAUCCCAUGCCCCUACACAAAUUGAUCAUUUAUUGGUAUCAAAAUUGUCUUCCCUCCAACGUUAACACAUGGCUUCGCGCCACCAAUCUGCGUGAUUUGCAAGAGCUCGAUCUCCACAUAUUUAAUAAUGUUCACCAACCUUUGGAGUUGCCCCGUAGUAUCUAUUUUUCUACAACAUUAGUGGUUCUGAUAUUGAUGGCUUCAAUUCUUCUCAAUCCUCCGCCUGCUUGUGUGUUACCAUGUCUCAGGAUUCUAGAACUUACGCGUGUUAAAUUCGCAAACCGCGACUCUCUCUCUACCUUCCUCACUGCCUGCCCGGCCCUCCUCAGUUUGUCCCUCACAUUGUGUGGUUCAAAUUUUGAACACUGGGACGAGUUCAAUGUCGUUGUACUCGUACCUACGCUUAAAACAUUACGUUUACAUUGGCAUGUUCAGUCUUCAUCAUACAAAUUCCAGAUAAACACCCCAGCUCUCGAGUACUUUAAUUUUGGAGGUUUUUUGAAUGGGGAUAAUGUGGUGGAAAACCUCCCCAGUGUGGUUGAAUGUGUCCUUCAAUUUGAGCAAUGUGUUUUGAUGGAUGUUAAAGUUUAUGCAAAGAGAGUACGGGACUUCAUGGGACCACUCUGUAAUGUUAUUUCCAUGGAAUUUAGCACAAUUACCGCACAGAUCCUCUGCCAUGAUUUCAAUCGUGAAGAUGGUCCCACAUUUUAUAAUUUGUCCUCCUUGAAAUUAUUUGGUGGCAUUUCGUCUGAGUGGUAUGCGUGGCGUGAAGUACGUCUCUUGCUUUUUCGGGCUCCAAAGCUACAAAUACUUACAUUUGAAUGGAAACACUUGUUUGGCUUAAGUAUUUAUAAACCUAACCCUUACUUGGAGGAGCCACUGGAUGCUCCUGAAUGUCUGUCAUCACACCUUACUACCUGUCAUUAUAAAGGAUUUGAAGGGAAAGAGGAAGAGAUGGAACUUGUUAGACAAAUCCUGGAGGCAGCAAAAGUAUUAAAGUCAAUGAAAAUCUCUGUUACCAGUUGUCUAGGCUUAAAGUCGAAGCUUCUUAUUCGCGAGAAAUUGGGGAAGUUUCAAAGGAGCUCUCAGAAUUGUGAAAUUGCAUUUGAAGAAGGACGUUUCACAUGAUGUGGCUCGUUCCUCUUGGAUAUUGCAUGUCACCUGUUUUGCUUUAAUAUCUUUGUGUAAUUCAUUUGCUGCCUUUGCUGUCUCGGAGUUUAUUACUAGGGUACAGUGCAAAAUGCUUGAAGAUUUGAUUUUUAUUUGCCAUCUCCUUCAAUUAUGCUAGUUUUUAGUAAGCAUGUUUUCAAUUCAGGAUUUUUCCCCCUGGUAUAGCAUAUACUUGCUGAUUUCUUGUUCUCCCUGACCUUUUUUUUUUCUUUUUCCUUUUUGAUUUUCAAGCAUACUUGCUGAUUCCAUGUUCUCCCUGAUGCGAUUCCAUGUUAGUAUAUUGGAUUUUUGUAGAAAUUACCACAAUGUGUGCUACUGGAAUGUUUGUUUGGCUGUUUGCACUUGAAGGAGCAAAGCUGUUAUUCCCAUCACUGAUUGAAGUUAUUAGGAUUAGAGAAAUGGUAUUUUUCUGUCCCGCAUAAUCUAUGUAUGUUGCUUUUGUUUGUGCAGUUUUAGUAAAAGCUAGAACUUUCAUAGAUAUUUGAUAAUGAGAAUUGGUACAAUACUGCACUCUAUUCCUGUCUAGUUUAUUGUCACGUUAUUUGUUUCCUAUUUUUCUGCAGAAGAAGUGAUGUUAACUAGCCUUGUUUUACCAUAGGA